AUGGCUGGAUUGAGAUUUCCGUCCACUCACCAGUUCAUGGCAAUUCGUCUUGUGCGAUGGCGAAUGAUUCUUCUGACACUCGUAGUAGCAGCCGCAGCACUAUGGUGGUCAUCAUCGCGGCCGCGGAUGCAUCCCGUGGUGCUGGUGCCGGGCUACGCUAGCAACGAGCUCGACGCGCGGCUCACCGAGCUCUACCGGCGGCCGGGGUGCGGCGCGCACAAGGGGAAGAAGUCCGGCUGGUUCCGCCUCUUCCUCAACUACACGGCCCUCCACGACGACCCCGACGGCGUCCGGUGCUUCGCCGACCAGAUGAGCACGGCGUACGACGCCGCGUCCGACGACUACCACAACGUCCCCGGCGUGGAGACGCGCGUCCCCUUCUUUGGCUCCACCCGGGGAUUCCGCCACCCGGACCCAGACCGGAGGAACUUCUCCUACAUGGACAAGCUGCUGGAGAGGCUCGAGGCGGCCGGGUACCGCGACGGCGAGACCAUGUUCGGCGCGCCCUACGACUUCCGCUACGCCGUCGCGCCGGCGGGACACCCGUCCAGAACCGGCACCGCCUUCUUCACGAGCCUCAAUAGCCUGGUGGAGAGGGCGAGCCAGCUCAACGGCGACCGCCCGGCGAUCAUCGUCACCCACAGCUACGGCGGCACGCUGGCGCACCAGUUCCUGAUCCGGCAGCCCCUGGCGUGGCGCCGGCGGUUCGUGCGGCACUUCAUCCCCGUCGCCGCUCCGUGGGGCAGGCUCGUGCUGGGCAUGCAGGCCCUCAUCUCAGGCAACAACCUCGCCCUCCCCUUCGUUGACCCGGGGGCCCUGCGGAAGGAGUACCGGAGCCUGCAGAGCAGCCUGUGGCCGCUGCCGAGCGCCAAGGUGUUCGGAGCCGGGCAGCAACUGGUGAGCACCAGGCGCCGGAACUACUCGGCCAGCGACGUGGUGGACCUCCUCGUCGACAUUGGCUUCGGCGAAGGCGUCGAGCCGUACGAGUCGCGCGUGCUGCCGCUGUUCAAGGAGCUGCCGGACGGUCCGAGGGUGCCGGUGACCUGCAUCGUGGGUGUCGGGGUGGCCACGCCGGAGAGGAUGGUGUACCCGGGGGACGAUUUCGAGGCGACGCCCGACGUGGUCGUCGGAGACGGCGACGGCCUGGUCAACCUGGCGAGCCUGGUGGCCGUGGAGCCGGAGUGGAGGCGUCGUGGUCCGUAUUUUAGGAUGGUCAAGGUGGCCAACGUGAACCACACGGACAUUCUGGUUAAUGAUCGCGCGCUUGGGAUUGUCAUGAGAGAAAUUCGACGAGCUAAUUAG